AUGUAUCAAAUUAAACGAAAACUUUGUAAAAAUGAACCAUCUAAUAAGAAGAUUAAAAAUAUUCUAAAUAAAAAACGAAAACUGAUUACUUGUAUUGAGGAUUUUUCUAAUGAAUUAUUCUAUGAAAUUUUUGAUUAUUUUGAUGCUUUCGAAUUAUAUGAAACAUUUUCAAAUUUAAAUAUUCGUUUUCAAUAUUUACUUGAUUCUAAUAUUGUUCGAUUGAAAAUUAAUUUUUCAUCUUUAAUAUUAUCAGAUUUUGGAUAUCGAUUUAUCAAUAUUAUUUAUUCAAAUAGACAACGAAUUGUUUCACUUUCAUUAUUUGACACAUCAAUUACCAAUGCUUUUUUCUCAUGGAUAAUUCUUGAUUUAUCAUUUCAUCGUCUUGAAUAUCUUUUUAUUUUUGGACUUAAUUCAUAUAAACUUCUACCAUUUCUCUUAAGUUUAAUUAUUUUACCUCGUCUUUUCUCAUUAACAAUUUAUAUCGAUGAAAAUAUUGGAGAUUUAAGCGAAGCAUAUCGAAUAAUUUUUAGUUUACCUGUUUUGAAAUACAAUAAACUCUCAUUCGAAAUCGAUGAAACAUAUGUUCCAUUAUCAAUUGUUACACACUAUGAUUUUAGUUAUCUUCAAUAUUUGAUCUUAGAUCAUUCAUGUACUUUAUAUGUUCUUACAUCUAUGCUCUCUUGUACACCUCAACUAUAUUAUCUUUAUUGUGGAUUUUUACAUGAAUCAAAUCAAUGUAUUCAAAAUGAUAUAAAAAUAACAUUGUCAAAUUUAAUUUCUAUUACAAUUGGUAGAUGUUAUGUACAAUUUGAUGAAUUUGAAAUAUUUAUUCGAAAAAUUUCUUCUCAAUUACAAAUAUUACGUAUAACAACAUCGAAUGAUACAGCUUAUUUAGAUGGUGAUCGAUGGGAACAAUUAUUUACAGAAUAUAUACCUAAUCUACGUAAAUUUGAAUUUAAACAUCAUGAAUUUAUUGAAGAUAAUUUUGAAUUUACUAUACAUCAUGCUCUCAUACAUCGAUUUACUUCUUCAUUUUGGAUAAAACGACAUUGGUUCAUUGAACUUAUUAUUGAUAUACUCGAUUGGUCUGGUAUUGAAAUAAUUUAUUCAAUUCAUCCAUAUAGGAAAUAUUGGUAUGAAUUAAAUGAAUUUGAAAAAAAUUAUUCUUAUUCUAUUCAACAAUCUCAAUCUAUUGUUUUUACUAUUCUUGAUCGUUUUUAUAUUGAUUGGAAAGAUUUUUUUAUUAGUGAUUUUAGUCCUAUUUUCAAUACAUUAAAAAUUACUCAUUUAGUUAUGGAAUGUCAAAAUAUUUUUAUUGGAACAUUAAUUGAACUUCUACAGUUUUUACCAAAUCUUGAUUCAUUGAAAAUUUGUUCUUUAUCAUUAGUAAAACCAAGAUGUUUAUAUAAAGAAGAAGUAGAAAUUCUUCAUUCUAUAUCAAAGAAUAAUAAAAUUAUUAAAGUUAAUAUCGAACGAACAAGUGAACUUGCUGAAGUUCAAUUUCUUAUUGAUCUAUGUCCUCAUAUGCAAUAUUUUGAAGUCAACAAUUUCAAACAAAUUGAUUUUAACUUAUUCGUACGAUUUAUUCUCAUGAAAAUUUCAAGAUCUAUACCUCAUCUAUGUACUUUAUGCAUUUGUAUUACAGAAUCAAAGAAUAUAACGAUAAAAAACCUACAACAUAUGAUUAAUUUUGAGAAAUUACUUUAUGAUUACACAAUUACAUGUAUACAUGAUAAAAUAUACAUACAAAUAAAAUAAUACAGAAUCAUAUUUUCUUAUCAAACCAUUGAUAGUUUCAAUAAACAUAAAUGUUUUUCUAUAAAUCCUCUCAACGGUAAACUCAUAUAAUAAAUUCAUCUAUUUGUCAAGUACACUAAAACACAUUGGUACGUAAAACUAGCGAACAAAAAAAAAAUAUAAUGUUUAAAUUAAUGUAUUCUCUUUGUUGUGACGAUUUCUGAUAGAAGGGAUAUUAGUGCUGAUGAAGUUACACUUUAUUCGAUUCCUUCAUAUGAUAUAAUCGUAUCGUUUACCUAAAAAGCACACGCUGAUAUACGCAAGUAGAAGAGAGAAUGAAAGAAAAGGAGAUGAGACCAAGGAAAGAAUAGAUAUGAGAGAACAAUAGAGUAAGGACAGUAGCGUAAGAAUAGAAAGGUGAGUACAAUAUAUGUAGUAUACGAAUCAAUGACAGGGAAAGGUUGAACAUUAUGUAUAAAAUCCAAUCAACCGAGAGCGUUACCUUUGUGUCAACUGUUACGUUGAUAGCCGAAAUUGGCACUACAACUGAUGAUGAUGUAUUAACAUAGAGAGAUUGUUAAGGUGUGUAUUUUUAAAGAUAUUAAAAUCAUUGUACUGCAUCAUCAUUAGAAUUCGGUGGCUCCGAAAAAAAUAGGACUGAGUUUUUUUUUUGCCGAUAACUGAGAAACUAUUUUCAGGUGUUACAUAAUCUAAAGUCGAAGAGAUCGAUUCACAAAUACAUCAGUCGCAAAAUAUGCAUACUCGUCACAAUUGGAUGGAAAGAGAUAUGAAGAAUAAUUAGAGGUGUUAUUAAGAUCCAUGAAAAAAUCUAGUCUCGUCAGAAAAUCAUUUCUUUUUUCUCAGAAAAAAAACACGAUUGAACACUCCGAUGCGCACAAAAAUUGUUGUUGCAGAAAGAUGUUGAGUUUUCCUAUAGCAGUUGUUCGAUGACGCAUCUCUAAUAGUAUUUUAUGACAGUAAUAGAUAAACUCAACUAGUUUUAUUUGUUAGAAAGCUCAGUUUUACAAAAGAAAGAGUGCCUGUUUUUAAGCAAAAUUUGGUCUUUUUCAUAAAACUUCUCUGUUUUAUUGAGUUUUUUUUUUUUAUUUAAUGUGUGUCUCAAUACUGGCGAAAGAAGAAUAUAAAAAAGUGUUUACUAGAGCCCAGUGUCUUUUUUUAAAUAAAGAAUAAACUUUUUCACUCGAAUUGCCUGAAUGCCAUUGGAGAUAUGAUAAAUACCAAAAAUGGGUAUUAUAUAUAUACUGAAAUUGCCCUAGUUUCCAUUAAGAACGAAAUGUUAAGCUGGAAUUUAUUUAUAUGCGUAACUAAACAUUCCUAAUGUUUGCACAAAGUUUCAUCUCAAUAUGAUUCAUUAUUAACGAAAUGAUUGUACAACUGACUAGCUCGUGCUUUCUUUUUGCUGUUUCUUUUUUGUUUCGAAGGGUACACCGACAGUUGAGCUCCCGACAAUUGAGCCCCGACAGUUGAGCCCCGACAAUUGAGCCCCCGACAGUUGAGCCUCCCGACAGUUGAGCCUCCCGACAGUUGAGCUCCCGACAAUUGAGCUCCCGACAAUUGAGCCUUCAUCGAUUACUGAAAUGAAAAAAGUCCAUAUCAGAAUGCGCCAUCUUGUUGCCUUGGUGAUUCGCUGUUUUUUGCCUCUGUGAUUAAGACAAUCAUCUUUACGGAGACGAACAAGUGUUCCAAACAGUUAUUUUGUAGAAAUUCAUUUAAUCUUCAUUAUUAAUUCUCGUGCUAUAUAAUUGUUGUAUAAUGUCAAUUGUAAAAUCUUCUAGAAACAAGGAUCAGCUUUUGCUGGAUGGGUUUCGCUAUUGACGUGCUAAUAAAUCUCAAUCAAUUUGAUGUUGUUACAAAAACAAUUGUGCUGGUCAUGUAUGUUUUGAUGGUACACAAUAUGUUAAAGUAACAGAUCGUAUACACGCACCAACUCCGGAAGAAAUAAUUUCAAUACAAAAAUUAAAUAGAGCUCUUGCUCGUCUGCUCAGAAUUCAGCACGAGAAAAUCCAUCAAUCUAUGAAUCUAUUACAGUUUUGAAGAUGGAACAACAUGCAAACUUAAUAACUGCUGAACAAUUGCAAGCUGGACGUGUAAAAGUAAGAAAACGUGUUAAAUAUGAACAUCUUGAUGAACAAUUACAACAGUUAGCUUCAACUUUUCAUUUAAUCACAAGAGAUUUGUAUUUUAAACGAGCAAGAGCUCUAUUUAAUUUUUGAUAUGAGUGUAGAUUUAUUCAAAUAAAAUUAUCUUGCUCUAUUAUUUUACUUUUUUCUUGAUAUGAGGCUCAAUUGUCGGGAGCUCAAUUGUCGGGAGCUCAACUGUCGGGAGGCUCAACUGUCGGGAGGCUCAACUGUCGGGGGCUCAAUUGUCGGGGCUCAACUGUCGGGGCUCAAUUGUCGGG